AUGACUAUAGUACACGUCAAUGAGGGUCUUUUGGAAGGCGAAAAAGAGGAGAACGAAUAUGGAGGAACAUUCUACAGCUUCAAGGGCAUACCGUAUGCAACACCGCCCGUCGGAGAUCUCAGAUUUAAGGCACCAAAACCUCCAAAACGUUGGAACGGAUUACGUAGUGCAAAAAAAUUUGGACCUAUGUGUUACCAAAUGAAUUCGAUAUUGAAUCGAUCCGGUCAAGGUAGCGAAGAUUGCCUGUAUCUCAAUGUUUACACCCCAGACGUCAAUCCGGUAAAAUCAUGGCCAGUAAUGUUCUGGAUCCAUGGAGGAUAUUUCAAGACUGGAAGCGGCAACGAUGAUAUUUAUGGCCCUAAGUUCUUGCUAAGACAUAACGUCAUACUUGUCACUAUCAACUAUCGACUUGAAAUACUUGGUUUUUUAUGUACACACACCAAAGAUAUUCCUGGUAACGCCGGCAUGAAAGACCAGGUGGCAGCCUUAAAGUGGGUUAAUAAGAACAUCAGCAACUUCGGCGGCGAUCCUAAUAACAUAACUUUAUUUGGUGAAAGCGCCGGCGCAGUAAGCAUUUGUUACCACUUAGUCUCACCAAUGACUAAAGGACUCUUUAGAAGGGUAAUAGCUCAAAGCGGCGUAUCUAACAUGUGGUGGGGGCAAAAUACCGAACCCAGAGAAAGAGCAUUGGCACUAGCAAGACAGUUAGGGUUCUAUUCUGAAGAAGAUGAAAAAUUAACUGAAUUUUUUAAAUCAUUACCCAUUGAAGCGCUUGUAAAUAUAAAUGUAAAUAUAACUUUAGCUGAUGUUUUAAAACCAUAUGGAGGUCCGAUCUACUCUAUAGUAAACGAAAAACAGUUUAAUGAUGAAGAAAUAUUUUUCCAUGGUGAUAUUCACGAUAUACUAGCCAAUAAAAUUAUUGCAGAUAUAGAAAUAUUAACAGGAUAUAAUUGCGAUGAAGGUAUAAUAUUAUUACCAAAACCCAAAAAUUUCGAUACAUAUUUGGUCGACGCGAACAAUUUCCACGAAUACUUUGUACCGAAUUCAUUGAGUGGAAUCUGUACCAUUAGCAAACAAUUGGAUAUUGGACGAAAAAUUAGGUCAUUCUAUUUCGAAAGCGGCAUUGUCAAGAAGCAAGAUUGGAAACAACUAAGUAGAUAUAUAAGUAUGGAAUCGUUUAUAUUCGAUACGAUACAGUUUGCUAAAGCUUACGCUCAGAACAAAAAUCUUCUUUAUUUAUACAAAUUUUCAUGUAAAUCAGAGAGGAAUUUGAUAGGAGGUUGGUAUGGACUAGAUGUAACGACUGAAGGCCAACAAGCUGUGGGACACGGUGACGAAUUAACUUACAUAUUUGAUUCUAAACUCUUUAAGGAGAACGUGGAUAUGAAUUCAGACACUUUUCGAAUGAUAGAGAACAUUACAACUUUGUGGACUAAUUUCGCAAAGUAUGGGAAUCCUACUCCAGACAACAAUUUAGGCGUUAAAUGGACUCCAUAUACUCUGGAAACACAAGAUUAUCUUAAAAUUGACAAUGAACUUGCCAUGUCCAAGAAACCCGAAGAGGAUCAAAUAGAUUUCUGGGAAAGUAUAUUUAAAGAGCACGCACCGAAAUUUAUAUUUCAGAAGAAAAUUUGA